CCGCUGCACAUGUCACGUGACCAGGGCGGAAACUGACUCAUAGUCCACGCUGAAUCUCCCGCGAACGCAGCCAUUUACUCUUUCCUCUCUUCGUAGUGACACCGAAAAGUCGCAACUAUGGCUGACUCUAUGGGACAGUGUGUACCUGUGGCGGUGUUUAAGCUGGUGUUGGUCGGAGAUGGAGGCACAGGAAAAACAACUUUUGUGAAGAGACACAUUACAGGAGAGUUUGAGAAGAAGUAUGUCGCUACUCUGGGAGUAGAAGUGCACCCCUUGAUGUUCCACACCAACAGAGGGCCCAUCAAGUAUAAUGUGUGGGACACGGCUGGCCAGGAGAAGUUCGGAGGCUUGAGAGAUGGUUACUACAUUCAAGCUCAGUGUGCGAUCAUCAUGUUUGACGUCACCUCCCGAGUCACCUACAAGAACGUGCCCAACUGGCAUCGUGACCUGGUCCGUGUGUGCGAGAACAUUCCCAUCGUUCUGUGUGGCAACAAGGUAGACAUCAAAGACAGGAAAGUCAAAGCCAAGAGCAUCGUGUUUCACCGCAAGAAGAACCUGCAGUACUACGACAUUUCUGCCAAAAGUAACUACAACUUUGAGAAGCCCUUCCUGUGGUUAGCGAGGAAGUUGAUCGGCGAUCCCAACUUGGAGUUUGUGGCUAUGCCAGCCCUCGCUCCCCCAGAGGUCCAGAUGGACCCGUCCCUUGCCGCCAAGUAUGAGGAAGAGCUUCAAGUUGCAUCACAGACAGCACUCCCAGAUGAAGAAGAUGACCUCUAACCUGUUUUCUGAUUUUCCCUCCCCUUCUCCCCCCGGCUGUGGACAGGAAGUUUGAGUUUUUUCCCCUUUACUGUAAAAUCCCUUUUCAGAUUUUUUUAUUUUUAUUUUUGAAUUUUUUGUUUUAAAACUUAAGAGAAAAAAAGAAACUUGGUGCAAAAGUCGUGGUUCUAAUUUCACUGUAUGA